AUGGAGCAUCAAAUGCGUACCAAAUACAACAUUCAUGAGCGUAGUUAUAAAGUUGGUGAUCUUGUUAAAGUACAAAUCGCUAAGAUCGACUGUGGACCUGGUGAUCAUUGUGCACUACCAUUCGGUGAAGUUUUACCUCUCGGACCAAGAGAAUUUUUAGAGCUUGAUGAUCCUUCAACCAAUAUGACUGUUAGUGUAAUCGAAGCUGCAAGAUUACAAUCCAAUGCUAUUGUCAGCAAUAAAACAUUUCUAAUUCUCAAUCUGGGUAACCUGCUUAAGAAUUCCAAAACCGGCUACCCCGAUUCUGAAUUGAGACGGCCGAAUUCCAAAUCGGGACGAUUCCUAUCUGAGUAUUUAUAA